AUGCCGAGCAAACUUUCCAUCCUGGUGUUUAUCGCCUCGCCUCUAGACUAUGCUCGGUAUCGGCAUGCAGCGCUGUACUUUGAGUUUGAGGGAACGCCCAUCCACGACACCACGACCAAGUCCAAGUUCAAGACCAGGUCCCCGCUAGGGAUCCAGGAGCCCGCGAAAAAGCCAGAUGCAGAGCUUGAAUCUCCAUCCUCGCGCACGCCAACUCCAGGUCUCUCGAGCGGCGUCGAGAUCCCCGAAAGCCAGGCAGAUAUCAAAUCCUGCAUGAUGGAAGUGGUGGGAUCACCGGGCUUUUACAGCUUCCAUGAGCGGAUCAAUAUGGCCUUGCCUGUCGCGGCGACAGGGCUGGCUAGAGCUGCAUUGGUAGCGUAUAUUCCAGACACGGUCUCGGUGUCGUCGUUGCGUGCGGUGAUCUCGGGCACACCGGUCGCAGGUCAAGAGAUGGACUGGAAUAGCCAGAAUUGGGUGGGCGAUGCGCUGGAGCGUUUGGUCACCGCAGGCUACUUGACCCCAGAGCAGAAGGACAAGGGACUGGACGGGAUGGUGGACAUCAUACUCGAGGCAACGGACGAAGAAUCGGCUUGA